AUGCCUGGUGUGGACCCAGAGCAGUCAAAUUUCCAUCAGGUGGUUGAUGAUAAUGCUGCUAUGUUCAUGACUAACUUGGUGAAGGGAUAUGGGGAGAUUCAUGUCUUUGUGGAGCAUCCAGUGCAUGAACCAGUUGAGUUACCAGUGGAGGAUUUUGAUCCCUUAGCUGCUGGAGUACCUGGUAGUGAAGUAGAAGGUGUAGGUGUAGAGGUUUUUGCUAGUGACAGAGUGCUUCAAAAUGAUAAUGAAGAGUACAGACCUGAUUUUUCACAAUUUGGAGGCCAUGAUGAUGCUGAAUUUGUUAAUGUUAACCAUGGUGAGCCACAUGAGGUAGAUGAUGAGGAAGUUUGUGCUAGGAGGGCUGGCAAAGCACCAGUUGUUGAUGACCAAGUUGAGGAGAGUAGUGAGGGUAGUGAGGGCAGUGAGGGCAGUGAGGAUGAGAGGAGUGACUUAGAAGAAGAGCCAGAACCAGAAGUGCAACCAAUGAAUAUUGGUGAAGAUAGUCCUGAUAGUUGGGACAAUCAAGCUGAAAAUGCUGAGGUUGAAGCAGGACAAAUGGGUGGUGGUGUCAUGAAUUCUGACUAUGAGAGUGAGAAGUUGCUUAGCCUUGAUGAAUCAUCAUCAAGCAGUAAGGGUGGUGAUGAUUCAAGUGAUGAUGACAUCCCUGUUGCUGAGGUUGACAAUUCUAUUAGGAGCAGCAAAUAUCCAAUCUUUAGGCCAGUAGCCAAAGCUGAGAACCUUAGGUUUGAAAAGGAUAUGUUGUUCAUCUUAGCUAAACAAUUUAAAGAUGCUAUAACUGAUUAUGCAGUCCAUGGUGGGUGGGGUAUAAAAUUUGUGAAAAAUGACUUGGUGAGAGUGAGAGCCCGAUGCCAGCCAGGGUGCAAUUUUGUUGCCUACCUUGCAAAGGUGCCAAGGGAGAAGAGUUUUAGAUUGAAAACACUGAACAUGGAACACACAUGCACCAGAAGCUAUAAAAAUCCAAGGUGCACAGCAUCAUACAUUGGGAAGAAGUUAGUGAAGAGGGUUAGGAGACAGCCUGGCAUAAAGCUUAAGGAUAUUCAGGAGGCUGUGCAUAAGAAGUAUGUGGUUGACAUAAGUGCAGGCAAGGCAAGUAGGGCUAGAGAGAGAGCUCAAGAUGCUGUUGAUGGGACCCACACUGCACAGUUCAACCAACUAUGGGAGUACUGUGAUGAGUUGAGAAGGUGCAGUCCUGGGAGCACAAUAUUGAUGAAGGUGCAUACUUAUGAGGAUGGUGAUUUGGCAGCUGAGCAUGGAUUGGCAACUGGGCUGCCAUAUUUUGAAAGAAUGUACAUCUGCCUUGAAGGUUGCAAGAAGGGCUUCUUGGCAGGGUGCAGGCCAAUCAUUGGUCUAGAUGCAUGCCAUCUGAAGACCAAGACAGGUGGUCAGCUGAUGUGUGCUGUUGGCAGAGAUCCCAAUGAUGAAUACUUCUCAUUCGCAUAUGCAGUAGUAGAGGCUGAAACAAAGGACAGUUGGACCUGGUUUCUUAAUUUAUUGCUUGCUGACAUAGGAGAUGACAAGCAAUGGGUGUUCAUAUCUGACCAGCAGAAGGGGUUGGUGAACACCUUUGUUGACAAUUGGCCACAGUACGAGCACAGGAUCUGCUGCAGACAUUUAUACCAAAAUUUGAGGAAAAAUCAUCCUGGUGUCAUUAUUAGAGACCUUUUUUGGAAAGCAGCCAAGGCUACCUAUCGGCAAGCAUUUGAGAGGGCAAUGAAUGAGCUAAAGGAGGUGGAUGAAGAUGCAUUCAAAUGGCUGCAAUCUCAGUCAACAACUAUCUGGGCUAGGCACAUGUUCAAAAGUGAUGGGCAGAGUGACACGGUCUUGAACAACAUGUGUGAAAGCUUCAACAGCACGAUAGUUAAGUUCAGGAGCAAACCUAUAAUCACCAUGCUUGAGUGUAUUAGGCUAUAUCUAAUGACUAGAUUUCAAGCAAACAGAGAAAUGAUUACGAAGGUGGAAUCUGAGUUGUGUCUUAAGAUAAGGAAGAGGCUGUACAAGGAGAAGUUGGCAUGCAGCAAGUGGAUAGCAUGUUGGGCUGGUCGUAUGAAGUUUGAAGUGAAGAAUGGGCUUGAGAGUUUCAUUGUGGACUUGGAAGAGAAGAAAUGCAACUGUAGGAAGUGGGACAUAGUUGGCAUACCAUGUUGCCAUGCCAUUUCUUGCAUAUUUUUCAACAGAGAAGAUGCUGAAAAAGCCCAUCAAUGGCCAGAAUAUGUGGGGUCCUAG